AUGCGGGGGGCGCCCGCGCGCCUGCUGCUGCCGCUGCUGCCGUGGCUACUGCUGCUCCUGGCGCCUGAGACCCGGGGCGCGCCCGGCUGCCCGGUGCCCAUCCGCGGCUGCAAGUGCUCGGGGGAGCGGCCCAAGGGACUGAGCGGCAGCGCCGCCAACCCAGCGCGCAGGAGGGUGGUGUGCGGCGGUGGGGACCUCCCGGAGCCGCCCGAGCCCGGCCUCCUGCCUAACGGCACCGUCACCCUGGACCUGAGGAACAAUGUCAUCAGCACGGUGCAGCCGGGGGCCUUCCUGGGCCUGGGGGAGCUCAAGCGCUUAGAUCUCUCCAACAACCGGAUUGGCUGUCUCACCUCUGACACCUUCCAGGGCCUGCCCAGGCUGCUCCGACUAAACAUAUCUGGAAACAUCUUCUCCAGUCUGCAGCCGGGGGUCUUCGACGAGCUGCCAGCCCUGAAGGUCGUGGACUUCGGCACCGAGUUCCUGACCUGCGACUGCCACCUGCGCUGGCUGCUGCCCUGGGCCCGGAACCGCACCCUGCAGCUGUCGGAGCGCACGCUCUGCGCCUACCCCCGUGCCCUGCGCGCCCAGACCCUGGGCGGCCUCCAGGAGGCCCAGCUGCGCUGCGAGGGGGCCCUGGAGCUGCACACCCACCACCUCAUCCCGUCCCUGCGCCAAGUGGUGUUCCAGGGCGACCGGCUGCCCUUCCAGUGCUCCGCCAGCUACCUGGGCAACGACACCCGCAUCCGCUGGUACCACAACCGGGCCCCCGUGGAGGGCGACGAGCAGGCGGGCGUGCUCCUGGCCGAGAGCCUCAUCCACGACUGCACCUUCAUCACCAGCGAGCUGACCCUGUCUCACAUCGGCGUGUGGGCCUCGGGCGAGUGGGAGUGCUCCGUGUCCACCGCCCAGGGCAACGCCAGCAGGAAGGUGGAGAUCGUGGUGCUGGAGACCUCCGCCUCCUACUGCCCCGCCGAGCGCGUCGCCAACAACCGUGGGGACUUCAGGUGGCCUCGAACUCUGGCUGGCAUCACAGCCUACCAGUCCUGCCUGCAGUAUCCCUUCACCUCGGUGCCCCUGAGCGGGGGUGCCCCGGGCACCCGAGCCUCCCGCCGGUGUGACCGAGCUGGCCGCUGGGAGCCGGGGGACUACUCCCACUGCCUGUACACCAACGACAUCACCCGGGUGCUCUACACCUUCGUGCUGAUGCCCAUCAACGCCUCCAACGCGCUGACUCUGGCUCACCAGCUGCGCGUGUACACAGCCGAGGCCGCCAGCUUUUCAGACAUGAUGGACGUCGUCUACGUGGCCCAGAUGAUCCAGAAGUUUUUGGGUUAUGUCGACCAGAUCAAAGAGCUGGCGGAGGUGAUGGUGGACAUGGCCAGCAACCUGAUGCUGGUGGCCGAGCACCUGCUGUGGCUGGCCCAGCGCGAGGACAAGGCCUGCAGCCGCAUCGUGGGCGCCCUGGAGCGCAUCGGCGGGGCUGCCCUCAGCCCCCACGCCCAGCACAUCUCUGUGAACGCGAGGAAUGUGGCGCUGGAGGCCUACCUCAUCAAGCCACACAGCUACGUGGGCCUGACCUGCACAGCCUUCCAGAGGAGGGAGGCAGGGGCGCCGGGCACGCGGCCGGGCAGCCCAGGCCAGAGCCCCCCGGCCGAGCCCGAGCCCCUGGCCGAUCAGCAGCUCCGCUUCCGCUGCACCACCGGGAGGCCCAACGUCUCCCUGUCAUCCUUCCACAUCAAGAACAGCGUGGCCCUGGCCUCCAUCCAGCUGCCCCCUAGUCUGUUUUCAUCCCUUCCGGCUGCCCUGGCUCCCCCGGCGCCCCCAGACUGCACCCUGCAACUGCUUGUCUUCCGCAAUGGCCGCCUCUUCCGCAGCCACGGCAACGCCUCGCGCCCAGGGGCUGGGCCCGGCAAGCGGCGCGGCGUGGCCACCCCUGUCAUCUUUGCAGGAACCAGUGGCUGUGGCGUGGGGAACCUGACAGAGCCAGUGGCCGUGUCGCUGCGGCACUGGGCUGAGGGGGCCGAACCCAUGGCCGCUUGGUGGAGCCAGGAGGGGCCUGGGGGCCCCGGGGGCUGGAGCUCCGAGGGCUGCCAGCUCCGCUCCAGCCAGCCCAACGUCAGCUCCCUGCACUGCCAGCACUUGGGCAACGUGGCUGUGCUCAUGGAGCUGAGCGCCUUCCCCAGGGAGGUGGGGGGCGCGGACGCGGGGCUGCACCCUGUCGUGUACCCCUGCACGGCCCUGCUGCUUCUCUGCCUCUUCUCCACCAUCAUCACCUACAUCCUCAACCACAGCUCCAUCCAUGUGUCCCGGAAGGGCUGGCACAUGCUGCUGAACCUGUGCUUCCACAUGGCCAUGACCUCUGCCGUCUUUGUGGGGGGCAUCACACUCACCAACUACCGGACAGUCUGCCAGGCGGUGGGCAUCACUCUGCACUACUCUUCAUUGUCCACACUGCUCUGGAUGGGCGUGAAGGCCCGAGUCCUCCACAAGGAGCUCACCUGGAGGGCACCCCCUCCACAAGAAGGGGACCCUGCCCCGCCUGCUCCCCGGCCCAUGCUCCGGUUCUAUUUGAUCGCCGGAGGGAUUCCACUCAUUAUAUGUGGCAUCACGGCAGCUGUCAACAUCCACAACUACCGGGACCACAGCCCCUACUGCUGGCUGGUGUGGCGCCCAAGCCUAGGAGCCUUCUACAUCCCCGUGGCUUUGAUUCUGCUCAUCACCUGGAUCUAUUUCCUGUGUGCAGGGCUGCGCUUACGGGGUCCCCUGGCACAGGGCCCGAAGGGGGGCAACAGCAGGGCCUCGCUGGAGCCAGGGGAGGAGCUGAGGGGUCCCGCCAGGCUCCGGAGCAGCGGCCUCCUCUUGAGUGACUCAGGUUCCCUUCUGGCUGCUGGGAGCGCAGGGGUGGUGACGCCCGGGCCCCCGGAGGAUAGUGACGGCCUCUACUCUCCGGGAGUCCAGCUGGGGGCGCUGGUGACCACGCAUUUCCUGUACCUGGCCCUGUGGGCCUGCGGGGCCCUGGCCGUGUCCCAGCGCUGGCUGCCCCGGGUGGUGUGCAGCUGUCUGUACGGGGUGGCGGCCUCCGCCCUGGGCCUCUUCGUCUUCACCCACCACUGUGCCAGGCGAAGGGACGUGAGGGCCGCCUGGCGCGCCUGCUGCCCGCCCGCCUCGCCCGCGGCCUCCCACGCCCCGCCGCGGGCCCUGCCCGCCGCCCCCGAGGACGGCUCCCCGGUGUUCGGGGAGGGGCCCCCCUCCCUCAAGUCCUCCCCGAGUGGCAGCAGCGGUCCCGCGCCGCCCGCGGGCCCCUGCAAGCUCACCAACCUGCAGCUGGCCCAGAGCCAGGCGUGCGAGGCGGGGGCGGCCCGCGGGGACGGGGAGCCGGAGGCCGCGGGCCCGCGGGGGAGCCUGGCCCCCCGCCACCCCAACAACCUGCACCAGGGGCGGCGGGCGCACAAGAGCCGGGCCAAGGGGCACCGCGCGGGGGAGGCCGGCGGCAAGAACCGGCUGAAGGCCCUGCGCGGGGGCGCGGCGGCCGGGGCGCCCGAGCUGCUGUCCAGCGAGAGCGGCAGCCUGCGCAACAGCCCGACCGACAGCUGCGCGGGCAGCAGCCGCCACAGCCCGGGCGCCGGCGCCCCGCUCGAGGCCGAGCCCAUGCUCACGCCGUCCGAGGGCAGCGACACCAGCGCCGCGCCGCUCCCCGAGGCGGGCCGGCCGGGCCAGCGCCGCAGCGCCAGUCGCGACAACCUCAGGGGCGGGGGCGGCGCGCUGGAGAAGGAGAGCAAGCGCCGCUCGUACCCGCUCAACACCGCCAGCCUCAACGGCGCCCCCAAGGGCGGCAAGUACGACGACCUCAACAUGACGGGCGCGGAGGCGGCCGGCGGCGGCUGCAUGAAGACCGGCCUCUGGAAGAGCGAGACCACAGUCUAGGGCGGGGCGGGCGAUCCUCAAAGACGUCGCUCGGUACGUCAACAGGCGUGAGGCGGAGGUGCCCAGGGCUGCACCUGGGCUGGCCAGCAUUACCCGGGAGGCUGGGGCAAGGAGAUGGGCACAUGUUCGCCACUCGCCUAGAGGGCGUCCCUCUGGGCAGCGACAAACUCAGAAACAGGAAAGAUACGUUUCCGUCCAGCCCAGCCCAGUUUGACAGCCCAGUUAUCGGUGCCCUCCUAGGUAGGGGGGAAGUCCUCCAUGGGGUAACCCACGACCAGAGUGAAAGGGCACAGCACAGCCCAGG